CCUUGUACGGGUAUUAUUUGAUGGUGGUGCCCAAUAAAAGUGAAAUCAGCCAGAAAAGUGAAAGAAAAGGCCACAAAAUAAAAGCCGUGUCAAGAAAAGGCCACAAAAGACAGAGAACAAGGAGAAGAAAGGGCCACAAAAGACGGAGAAGAAGGAGAAGAAAAGGCCACAAAAUAAGAUCAGUCAAGAAAAGGCCACAAAAUGAGGAAGAGAAGGAAAAGAAAGAAAGAGACUUCAGCCAGGAAUCAACCUCAACUCCAUCAACCAAGUCGCGCCUGCAAUCAAGACACAGACACAGCAGCACUCGAUGCCCCUCGACGGACGCAAGACAGGCUCACGCGUCCCAGAGACCACAAAGCUCGCCGCAGUCGCCUACUACAGGCAGCAUGGCUCCCUCAAGCUCACUGCAGAGAAGUAUGGCAUGUCCAUCGGCACACUGGCAACAGCACUCAAGAAUCACACAACCCUAGGCGAAGUCUCCACUCCCUCGACACGACCCCGGAAGGGACGUUCCUCUCGCCUGGAUGCAGAGGGGAUCGAUCUCAUUCGUCGGCUACUGGAGGAGAACCCACAAAUGUACCUCAAGGACAUCAAGCAGCGACUGGAAGACGACCUCGGCAUCCAAGUAGACACGUCUAAUAUCUGUCGACAGAUGAAGAAGGCUCGCAUCAGUCGCAAGGCACUCGCAACGCAUGAUCCUGUUCAGCGGGAGGCCAUUGAACGGCAGGAAGAAGAACACAACAGGCAAGUGGCCAUGUUGCGCGCACAGCAAGAAUUAGAGCGCAGGUAUCAAGCAAGACGACAAAGACUCGCUGCGCAACGAACCCCAGAACAAGCACAAGCUGCACAUGAUGCUGCUGUAGCGGCUGCGAAGCAACGU